AUGGCUCCUGGCUUCUCUACUGAACUUACCGUGGGGUGGGUGCCUCGAGACCCCGAUGGCAGCCUGUGCUGCCAGUCAGCAGAGCCCAGACCACGUGCAGAACCUGUCUCGUGGCCGUGCGCCCCUCCUCGCCCAGUGAAAUCACCUCGUUCCCGGGCUCUCCGCGGGGACCAGGUCGGUUUCUCGCGUGGUGCCAUCUGCCCGCUGCGCGCCUCCGCUGACACCUCUCCUCUCCCCGCAGACACAAGCGGUGAGAACAUCGCCGAGUCCCUGGUGGCAGAAGGACUGGCCUCCCGCCGGGAAGGGAUCCGAGCCAACAACCCUGAGCAGAGCAGGCUGGCGGAGCUGGAGGAGCAGGCCAAGAGCGCCAAGAAGGGGAUGUGGAGCGAGGGCACGGGCUCCCACACCAUCCGGGACCUCAAGUACACCAUCGAGAACCCCCGGCACUUCGUGGACUCCAUGCACCAGAAGCCGGUCAAUGCCAUCAUAGAGCACGUCCGGGAUGGCAGCGUGGUGAGAGCCCUCCUCCUCCCGGACUACUACCUGGUCACCGUCAUGCUCUCGGGGAUCAAGUGCCCCACGUUCAAGCGGGAGGCGGACGCCCCGGAGGUCCCCGAGCCGUUUGCGGCCGAAGCGAAGUUUUUCACGGAGUCGCGGCUGCUGCAGAGGGACGUGCAGAUCGUGCUGGAGAGCUGCCACAACCAGAACAUCCUGGGCACCAUCCUGCACCCGAAUGGCAACAUCACCGAGCUGCUGCUGAAGGAGGGCUUCGCCCGCUGCGUGGACUGGUCCAUCGCCGUCUACACCCGCGGGGCCGACAAGCUGCGCGCGGCCGAAAGGUUCGCCAAGGAGCGCAAGCUGAGGAUCUGGAGGGAUUACGUGGCCCCCACGGCGAACCUGGACCAGAAGGACAAGCAGUUUGUGGCCAAGGUGAUGCAGGUGCUGAACGCCGACGCCAUCGUGGUGAAGCUGAACUCCGGGGACCACAAAACCAUUCAUCUGUCCAGCAUCCGACCCCCCCGGCUGGAGGGGGACAGCACUCAGGUUGUUUUGCAAGGACUGCACGAGUGCCUAGCGUGGGUCCGGCAGCUCACGGCAGAGCUGCUGGCGUUGUCCUGAGGCAGGUGCGUGCGC